CCUCAUCGUCGUCGCCACCGUCGCUCUCAUGCUUUGUUAGUCACUCUUUAAUAAAUAUAUCCUAUAAUAUUGCUCGCUCUCGUCAUCGCUGUUGGUCAGGGUUGAACAGAGGAAGUUUUCAACGGGAGCUUGUUGUCUGCCUGGUGCUCUGUUUUAUAGACCUGAAAAUCUCUUGCCCUAGCUUCGACGUUCAAUACUCCUCCCCUCUUCUCACCAUCCCCUCUGAUGACAACCAAAAUCCAAUCGGCAUCCGCCCCUCCAACGACUACCUCCUCUCGUUUCCCUCGCUUCUUCGGUUCUUCGCGUUCUCGUCGACCUUCCGCCUCUGCCUCACCUAGUCCCACUCACAGUCCUAACGCACUCCAGAGUAAUCAACACCAGCAUAACUCCACACUCCACAGUACACAGACGCACCACGAGAACGACAGCUCGGAAUGGUACACGCCGUAUAACGGCCCCAUCGAGACUCGGCCUCCUAAUCACCUGGCAUCGACUGGAACUGAUACCUAUCUAGCAGGGAACAGAAGCGAAGACGAGCUCAACACCUUUCCCUACUCAUACCCACACUCCCGCUCCUCCCAAGGGGCUACUGCAGCGUACUCCCCCGCCCUCCCACUCACGAGCGCCACGCUCGGCCGAACUUCGAAUCCUCAUCUCAGCGGCGCAUCCGGAUCGGGUCGAGCAAGUGGGAGCGGUAGUGGACAUGGAAACGGAAACGGGUACGGGAGUGGAGGGAUCAGAACGAGAGCGUAUUCGGAGGUGUCGACUCAGGGGACUAUGUCCUCCGCAUCUGGGACGGUCGACCCGUUCAGGAGGAGUGGAGCCAUUCCACCUCCUGUUCCUGUCCAUGCCUAUGCUGGUACUACUGGUACCGGUUUCUCGCCUUCACCAAGCGGAGGCGGAGUUGGCGAAUCGCCAAUACCAGUUCAGAGGUUUUCCACUCACCAUGGGCUCCCAUAUAAUCCUCAACCGGCCGGUACAUCGUCUGGGACUGGAGGCAAUAGGAUCAGUCUUGCGGGUCUGUUCGGAGCGGGGGGAAGACAACGCGCACAAAGUUCAUCAUAUCAGCCCUCUACCGACGCCUACAGAAAUACAUCCCCGUCGAAGGGUAGGCCAACGUCGCCGGCUUCGAGGUUGCUGCAGAGACGGGCGACGGGUGGAAGGCAGGGAUUGCGGACGAGGGCGAGUACGAUGGGAGAGGGUGAUGUCGGUGGCGUGCCCAGCUACACCGGGAAUGCAAUCCUGUCGGGCACGACGGCUCGUAAUACCGACACCAUCACGAGCGCGAAUGUCGACGAAGACUACAUAGCGUCGUAUUACUCCACGCUUAUCCCUUCGCCUGAAAUCGACGCCCCGCAGUUCGUGAACGUCCAGACUGGCCAGCCGAUGUCUGCGUCCGCGUCGCCGAGGUCUAUUAGGAGCAGGUCGGGAGGCUCGGAGUCGCCGUUAUUUGAACCAUCGUUUUCGCAGACGAGUUCACCGCAUCCAUAUGCCUAUGCGUUUUCGCCCUCGCAUUCGCCGUCGCCGAAUCAGGCGCAGGAGGGUGAGUUUGAGUAUGAUGUGGAGAGGGAAGCGAGGGAGGAAAGAGAACGAGAGGAGAGGAGGCAGAGGGAGAGAGGAGCGGGGACGGGGACAGGGACGGGGAGGAGGAAUUUGGAGCCCCCGAGGAUACCGACGAGUACGAUUUAUAGUGUUUCACCGAUCCCGCUCUCGCCCUUCGUCAAUGCCGGGUUCGUCGAUCGGGAGAGGGAUAGGGAGAAGGGGAAGGUACCGGGUCAGGGCGAACCUUCGUUGUUCGAGAGCCCGAGGGCGCCGCCUGAGAUCCCGCAGUCUCCUACUCCUACAGGUCACAACAACAACUCUCCUAAGGCCAAUCCCUCCUAUCCUAUGACCAGCUCCAACCCAAAUAAUCAGUACAGCCAACAUUAUAUCCCAUCGUCCCAGAAUCACAACUAUCCGCAUUCACAAUCUCAACAGCGAUAUGACCCGACCCAAAGUUCACAUCAUGGCACCCAUUCCAAUCCCCAGCAGCCGAACUUCAAGCCUUCCGUCCGGUAUUCGCUUCUCAAAGCUAUAUCUACACCCAACCUCCGUGGAUUCACGAAACAGCCGCAGCCGAUUCAGCCGUCUAGUGCGAUGGCUACUUCCGGUGGAAUGCCCCCGCCGAUUAUCACCACUCAAGCAGGGCCUGGUGGUGGCGGUAGCGGCAAUGCACAAGCGCAGAAGAGACGGCAACGAUGGUUAAGCCCGGAGACAUGGUGCGAUGCCCUUUUAUUCCCCAGACCUCGCUUCGCAGUCCACGUAGACGACGACGGGAACGGACACAGUGGCCUCGUCAUCAGUCCACCAGGCUCGCCGAUCGUGUCUUGGAAACCUGAAUAUUCUAGCGCCGGGGAGAGGGCAGGCUUGACGACGGCGAGAGAGGCGCCGCUGGCGAUGAGUGGGAGGUUGGGCUCGAGUUUGGGUAGGAGGAUACCGAAGUCGAAGUCUGCCUUGAACCUUUCGACGCCUUCGUUGUCUGCGUCUGGGCCUCUGGUUAUGGCAAAUGUGAAUCCGAGAUCGGCGCAGGAGAGGGAGCGAGGGACGGGGCAACCGGUUGCGGGUCCUUCGAGAUUGCCUUCGGAGUAUCUGGAUGUGGCUGGAUUGGGUCCGGUCGUGGAUGGUGGAAGUGGGCCUGGAGUUGGAGAGAGACAGAGGCAUAGGGAUACUGGGAAUGUGGAGAGGAUGCAGGGGAUGGGUGAGCCUGUCAUCGUGCCGAGGGUGGACCCGAAUACGAACGCGACAACGCCAGCUACGACAGCAACCUUGGGCGCCAAUGCGACUACAAAAACUAAUUCGACCUUGAGGCCACUGAGACCAAGGAGUUUUGCGCAGGAUGAUCUGUCGUUGCCGACUCCUGUGCCUUCACUGACGCAAGUCCUGAAGGAUGGCGACGAGCUAGAGAAAGAACGCAAGGCCUGGCAAGCCCAAGCCUCCCGCUCCUUCCAAAACAAACGAACCCGAACUCUCUCCCGUUCUCGCUCUCGGUCUACCAGCAACGUGCGCACCCCUCAACACCACUCCCGCAACACCCAGAAAUCAGUCCACAUCCAAGCGUUCGAUUUCCUUGCCGAGAGAAGUCUUUUGGGCAGCCAGAGGGUUCCACCAACUAUUCACGUGAGGCUAUCCCCUGUGGAGGGUAGUGCAGGCAUGCAGACAUUCUCGAAACUGGGGACGUUCUCCUCUUCCAGUGGCACGCAUUCGAGAAGUCAGAGCAAGAACAAUGCGAGUUCGCUCGGGAGGUCGCAAUCUGCGAAGAGCACCACCUCUGGAGGUCACGGCACUGGGACUGGCCCUGGGCAUUCGACGAGCACGCAAGGACAUUCGAGAGGACAUUCGAGGAACGAGAGUUGGGGGAAGACGGCGCUGAAGACGGCAGCGGGGAUGUGUUUCUCGGCGGAGGACUUCAGUCCGCUCGAGACGCAUCCGGAUUUCAAGGCAGGUGGAGGUGCUGACGCGAUAUUGGCAGGUGAGCUGUUGAGGAGUGAUGGGACAUUGAGGAAAGAUGGAGGGACGAAGGUCGUGCACUUGGAGGAGCAGAUGAGAGAGGAGAGGUUAUCUGAGAGCGCUGAGCGCGAGGGUCGUGGACAUGCCAGGGUAGCAUCGGUGCCCGGGGAGGUGAUUGCGAUUCCGCCGAACUUGAACGGCUCGAGUGGAGGGAAGGGCUCAGCGUCUGCGGCUUUGGCGCUUAUGUCGACGGCGGGGGCUGGACAGACGUUGGAGAUGCCGGUGCCUUCCCCUGUUCCGUCUGGGAUGACCAUCUCUGGAGAGGGGGUACCGAUGGGUAUUGCGUUGUCCUCGCCUCCUGAGUCUUCAGAAGAGGAGAUAGGCGCGGUAGGCGCCUUCGGGAGAGGACAGGAUGUGAGACAAGUCAUCACGUUCCCUGGCCAUCCGUACGCACAAGCAGGGAUAUUCCCUUCACCAUCCCAGGCCGCUGCCAAUUCCUAUGACGAAGAUCCCUACUCUCGUCCUGCUGCUGCCGCGAACACGUCGAAGCAUCGACACACGCGCACAAAGUCCAAAGGGUCCGACUACGCUGGUCCUCAUCCGUCUGAAUACGCACCACCUGACGAACUAGACAGGCAACGCAAGAUCUCUCUCGAUGCGGCUAGCAACGGCUCUGUAUCAGCUCGACAUAGACUUCCGCCCCACGUUAUCCUACAUCCUUACGCUCAAGCUGCAUCCGGCGCCUAUAACUCGGACCCGCGAGAGUCGAUGUAUGCGCAGGUUCCAUCCUCGGGUCGUGUGAGAGAGGUUUCACUAGACGAGAUCCGUGCUUCGCCAUUAGCGCCUGGGCAGUUUAUCCUUCCGCCACCGCCACCUCCCGCUGCCGCCAUGGCUGGUCCGAGCACAAGUCGACCUUUGAGUCAUGCGUACGCGAAAGGCCUGAACAGGGUCAGUCAUGGAGAGCCGUUAGACAUCGGGGAUACGUUGGUCAGAGUGUUGAGGAGAAGGGGAAGUGCUGAUAGUGGGCUCGGGGAUAGUGUCGAACAGGCGCAGGCAAAUAUGGCCGUCAAUCCGUUGGAGGUGCCCGCGCCAGUCAUUUUGGCCCCUCGACGGGAAGACAGGGAGGAGGACGAAGAGGAGGAAGAUCGUCGUGAGAUGGAUGCUUCCUCGUCCGCGUACCUGCAUCCAUAUGCCGCUGCUAUGUUCGGGACACCAGAUCGGAGGGAGCGCUUGCAGCGGAACAAGGCUUCAAUGAAUUCUGGCCAAACUGGGCAGACGUAUGCUUCAUCACCUCCUGAGACACUCAACCCAUCCAUAUUUAGGGGAUUCGCGGGUUCGCCGUCCGACGAACAUGCUCUUCGGCAACAGCUUCACGGAUCGAACGGGUCGUCUCCUGGAGUGUCAACCGGAUCUUCAUCACCGCCGCUUUCACCAAAGCCAUUCAGCAGCGUUGAGGACCUUGAAAGGUUCAGAGGUUUAUUCUACACACCAGCGGACGAAAUAUCUGAGCUUGACCACGAGCGUUCGGCAGAGGGUGCAGGUGCGGGCGAGGCGGAAGAAGAGGAAGAGACCGUGACGAUGCCAGCGCCUAUACAACAUGGGGCUGGCCCUUCUGCGAACAUACCUCCCAGGAACGUUCCCGCCUCCGUCAGCUCUAUGUCGAGGAGCAGUCAAGCUGGAAGUGGAGUGUUGAAUAUGACGAGGGGCUUGAGCGAAGAGUUCGUCGCACUACAAAUGGAAACGAGGCCGUCAAUGGAAUCGUCGAUGUCUGGGUCGAACCUGUGGGGAAGGCGAUAUGGGAGUCGCGGCUCACGGCCAGAAGACGACCAAAGCCAAGUUCUUCCCUCGACGGAUGCGCUUGGUGUCGCGAUGCAGAGGGUGGAUUCGCCGGAGGCCAUGAAUGCUGCGACGCUUCCUCUCAGGAUGCAUAGAGCUCAGGACUCGAGAGGUGCGCCGAAGCCACCGACGAUCAACAUCCCGGAAGAUGUCGGUUCCUCCAGAGCCUCUUCGCUUCUGGAGAGGAUUGAUGCUGACAGUCCGGAGGAGGAUAGUCUUGACCGGCUUCACCCUAUGCGUGUGGGCACAGUCGAUGCGGAGUUGUCUACUCCUCCCGCACAAUACGCAGACCAUCGCUUCUCGGGCCACCUGUCAUUUGUCACUGAUGGCCAGGGUGCGCCCGGGAACAACGAAGGUGAAAGGCAUGGCCAUCCCCAGCCGUCUCCGAUCGAAUCCUCCCAGAAACAUCAGUCUUCCCAGGCUCCGAGCUCUGGUUCUCGUGUCAUCUCCUCUUCUAGUCUCGCGCCACCCAACACCGGCGUUAGCAGUGGUGCGCGCUCAAGCUACAUGACUACAGGUAGCCACGACUCCCGCAUGUCUGGCCUCUCGGACUUCCCCUCUCCCCCGGAGCAGGUCGUUGUCAGCCCUGCCCAUGUUUCUCUCCUUCAUUCCUACUUUGGAACGGGUUUCACACCUGCCACGCAGACCCAGACUGUCCAAGAUCCUCUCGCGGCAGCGGGAGAAGCGAUGGCUGCCGUAGAAGCUCCUCAUCUGCGCCCUCGUGUGCUCGAACAGCGUCCUAGUUUUCGAACGACCUUUGGGGGACAGCCUGAUCAUGAGAUAACCAUCGCUCAGGGUCCUUCUUCAUCCCCCGGCUCAACCCAACCCUCACCUUCCGAUACCUAAUUAUGGUGUCUUGAUUUAUUGACUUGGACUGUUUUGCGGGCUUUGUCGCCUCUGUGUGUUUAUUACCUAGAGUAGGUGUCCACUUGGGCACUGUUGUUUGCUCGCCUGUGAAUAUUCUUCGCCUGUAGUCCCGCGGACCCUGUUUUCCCUCCCCCUCGUUAGUUUGUAUCAUUGGUAUUAUAGUGGUCUCCUGCCUUCUCAUUCAUCCUUCCUAUAUCAUACAUUGUCGUACUCACUCAUGGGUUAGUCUGUCUCAUCGACUGAUCCAUCCCUACAUAUAUUUUUGCCCGUCCUGCUCAACGACAUCCGCUCGUUCCACUAUAUCCAUUCGUCCAUCUCGUCCAUCGCUAACCAUCUAUAUAAAGUGACUAACUCAACGGUUUGUUCCCACUUUGUUCUGUGCUGUCUUGCACCUCUGGUCUUGUCCUCGUUUCGGUUUCCC